AUGUGGUUUAACAAGCUAUCUUUCGUGUCUACUUUCCUGUUCUUUGUCACUUUGGUAUUGGCCUUGGACAAAGAGAAGAUCUAUGAACCCAAUCCACCAACCACUCACAGAGUCUUUAUGACUAUCAAGUACUUCGAUGUUAAGGCUGACAAGUUCAAGGAACAAGAAAUCACCAUUGAUUUAUAUGGUACAGUCGUCAAGAAGACUGUCUUCAACUUUGCAUCUUUAGCUGAAGGUGUCAAAGCCAGAAUUCAGGGUCAAGAUCCAAACGAUAUCAAGGUUUUAGGUUACAAGGGUACCAAGUUCACCAAGGUUGUUCCAAACGGUAUGAUAUUGGGUGGUGAUGUUAUCCCAGAAAUUGGUCCAUUCUCUGUCCACGGUCCAUCUUUCCCAGAUGAAAACUUCUUCUUGAAGCACGACAGACCAGGUAGAUUGGCCAUGGCUAACAACGGUCCAGAUUCCAAUAACUCACAAUUCUUCAUCUCCACUAAGUUGGAACCAGCUACCGAAUUGGACAACAGAAGUGUUGUCUUUGGUCAAGUUGUUUCCGGUUUAGAAGGUUUAUUAGACUCUGUUCAAAAUGUCGAAACUGGUCCAAACAACAAACCAGUCAGAGAUGUUGAAAUCACAUACUCUGUUGUCAACGAAUUGAAAUUAGCUGAUCCAGAAGGUUUACACACUGCCUACAUUCAAAAGGUCGAAAAGUUCAGAAGAGGUGAUGAAUCCCAAGGUAUCUCUAUCAAACAAAUGUUAACCGAAGGUUCCAAGAAAAAGAAGUCUGUCAAGGGUAAAGCUAAGGGUAAAAAGUCCGCCACUGGUUUCCAACCAAUCCAAGCUUUAUACAUCAUCUUAGGUUUAGCUGGUUUAGCCAUCAUUAUUCAAUUCAUCAGAAAAUCUUUAAAGAAGAAGUCAAAGAACACUGCUGCGUUAAGAACUGAUUAA